GGGUGAUGUCCCGGAACGUGGGCGAGGGCGGAAACUCGGAAACGGGCAACAUACAAUCGCGCGGCAGUCUUCACGGCAGUCGAGGAUCUCGCGAAUCUCGCGAGGAUCGCGGCGAAGGACCGUCUCAGCCUCCGAGAUCUCUCGACCGAGCGGAGCCGCAAAGUCGUGUACUCUUGGUCCGACCGGGGGAUCGAGUCGCUUAAUCCGGCCGUGCCAAUUCACCUCCCCCCCCUCCCCUUCGAUCCUCCGCGCUUUACACAUUCGCCCUUUCGCGGCGUCGCGGCGGAGAAUCGGUUAGGAGAUUUCCGCCUUCAAUCUCGCCCACCUCGUGGCAAUGAAUUUGCAACGGGACGCAGAUUCUCCCGCGGACGAGACGUGAGAGAACGACGACGACGUCGGCCGGCUGCAGCGUCGCGACGUGAUCGCGUAAUAGAUAAGAGGAAGUGGGUUGGCACGAUCCUCCUCGAUAACCGGCGGUUAUCGAUAUAGCCUCGACGCCUCGCAAGAUGCUCGUAUCUCGCCCGUCGUACCACGCGCUCAGUUUACCCCGCUCGAAAGAGACCGCCUGUCUCUGCCUUUCGGUUCGCCGCGGGACGUCGCUUGAUCGGCUUGAUCCAGCCUGAGCCGGGGACAUUGUUCAACACCGCGAACAAUAAUCGAUCGUGGUGCCGCGACAGUUUAAGGGCUUAAGGUUAAGGGUGUCCACCUUCGUCCGUCCGUAUCGUCGCCCCGUCAACGUGCGUUCCUCCUACUCACGGUUCCGGCUCAUCGUCACACCGGGCUAAUCUAAGGUGUGAUCCUCCUGCAGGACGAGGGAAUCCCCGGCGCAGGUUUCCGAAGAGACAGCUCUAUCUCGCUCAACGUACAGCUUCAUGCCGAAAAGCCGAUUGGCUCCAGCCUGGCCGCGCGGAAAAAACCUCGUCUAAAACGCGCGCGCGCGCGCGCUGUAUUUUUCCCGUCCCGUUGUGUGCUCCGGGGCCUGCAAUCCGCAUAUAAAUGGAAUCCAUCCCGUCGGCUAGACUGUACGCAAAAGUCAGAAGCUCUUCGACAAAGAGGCGGCAAAAAGCGUCCUUGAAUCCCAGUGUUGCCUCGCGCCACGAGAAGCAGGACGAGCGCCGGUCCGCCGGAGGAUGCAGCCUCAUUCUACCCGGAGAAGACGUAGGAAACGUCACCGAGAGGAACGCUUGCGAGUAGCUUAAGCGCGCGCAACUCAGCGGAUUAUAGAGACAAGAAUUCGAAACAACGUACACACAUCUUCGAAACGCACAUUCACACACGCGCGCGCGCGCGCGCGCACAAUAUGGUCGCUGAAGGAACAAGCGUUGCGACAUAGCGGCAAGAUAACGACGUUACGAGACGACGAUAAAUCCGCGAAUGUCGGAAUGAGGAAAGGUCGAGCGAGCCGCGAGCCACGUGGUCCACGCCACGUUCUCACGCUAUAAUCGAGAGCUAUACGUCGGCGAUGUGUACGAGUGCCCGAAUGCGCGGCAGCUUAAUGGAGCCUCGAUCUAUAUCGCGGAGGAUGGUGCUCGGCGAACAAUGCCGCUUUCUCCGGCGAUGAGAAUCGCAUCGUGUCGAAUCGUCGAGGAAUAAGUUCAAGAGGCUGGAGACGACGGCGGCCGGCAGCGAACUCGUGCGCCUUUCAAUCGAUAACACUUCAGCACGUGCUCGUCACCGCGGCAGCAUCAUGGGGAACGGCAUGAACAAGGUGCUCCCCGGUCUUUACGUGGGUAAUUAUCAGGACAGCAAGGACAUGAUUCAGCUGGAGCGGUACAAGAUUACGCACAUCUUGGCCAUCCACGACGGGGCUCGUCGUUUACACUCGGACAAACAUUACCUGUGCAUCUUGGCCGCCGACACUCCCGAUCAGAACUUGUCGCAGUAUUUCUCCCUCUGCAACGACUUCAUUCACGCCGCCCGCCUUCGCGGCGGAAACGUUCUGAUUCAUUGUCUGGCGGGAAUGUCGAGGAGCGUGACGCUGGCGGUGGCCUACAUCAUGAGCACCACCGACCUGUCUUGGAAGGAAGCGCUCAAGGUCGUCAGGAUGGGCCGUUCCAUCGCGAACCCGAACGUCGGUUUUCAGCAACAGCUCAAAGACUUCGAGUCCAAUCGCCUGCAGGAGGAGCGCCGCAGGUUGAGAGAGCGGUUCCCCAGUCUCAGUCUGACGGAGGCGGACGCCGAGACGUGCCAGUCCAACCUGAGGAAUUAUGAGACCCUUGCCUUGGCGAAGGAGGUGUGCGAAGGCAAAUGCGCGAUGGGACGCACCUGUCCGACCGGACUUUGCCGACAGGCCUCCAAGAGGAGCCCGAGGAGGAAGUCGUCCACCAGCAGCAUCGGAAGCGCGUCUUCCGGUAGGACACCCCCGCAAACACCCAGGCUACUACCGUCCGCGCCACCUUCGCCAGCCUUGCACAGAUCAGCGAGCGUGGUGUCUACGUCGAGACCGAGAAGCGGGCCCGCGGGCUUACAUUCCUACACCGGAGGAUCCGCUCCACCUUCCAGAGCCGUGUCGAGGGUGGAUCUCUCGGCAGCGGUCGCCUGCAGCAGCAGCAACGCCAAUCUCUCCGCCGUAGGCAGGUCGAGCGCCUUCUCCGGCAGCAACUGGCGCUUGACGGCCGGUUCCGCGCCGAACACGCCGAGAUCGACGCCGCCGGUGUCCCCGCAACGUUGGCCGCGACGACUCUCGAGCCGGCAGACGCCGCAAUUGCCAGCGCUACCAUCGGAGUCGCAGCCCCCGCUGACGUAGCGUCAGGAGAAGCUCGAUUCGCUGUCGAGCUUGGCGGAAUAACGAGCCAAGGAGAUCGACGUUACCCCUGCUGUCCGAAAGGAGAGGAGAUCCUUCUGCCGUUAUUGCGUUUCCCUUUGCAAGUACUCGUCUCGUUACACUCUUAUCAUUACGUUCUCGGAUGCGGUCGACUCGGGUCGGCGAGUCUUCUUCGUCCGACGCGGAGGACAGCUUCGAAGAGAUGAGUAGGGCAGAGAGAAUGUCCCGAGCAUAUCAGUAUAAAUUAUCGUCGCUCAUUGCGAAGAUGAGCCUGCUUAAUAUCUCCCCUUGGGGGGGGGGGACUCGACGUCUGAGGUAUUCGGCGGGGCGUUCGAGAUGUUGCGGAUGAUCGAGUCGGCUAGACAUGAUCUUCACAAUGAAGUCGACAACGAGGUCGAUCGAAUUCGAGGAACUUUCGUCCGGGCGACGAAAAGGAGUGCCGAUACGCCGGACGUGCCGCGCGUAUCGCGUCGCUGGGGACUGUUGGUGAUACUGACGUAUAUAAGUUGUUAUAAGUUGUUACCGGUUGAGUUGUUGCUUAUACACGGCGAGAAAGUGCUUUUAUCGCGGAUGCGGGGACGAGAAUCGUGCCCCGAUGGUCUGCGGGAACACCUGAUGAUUUGUGUAAACAAACUGUAACCCCACGCUCCAUGUAUAAUUUCACUGUUGGCUUUCGACCAGACACGAGAAACGAUAUCGGCGGACGCCAUCAUUGACAAUCUUUCAUUUGGGUGUCACGAGUGUCACGAGAGGCGAGUCGAGUCAAGUCCGUCUGACGCGCGCGCACCGAUCGAUUCGCGAGACGAAUUAGCGAAAUAAAUUGGAAAGAUUGGAUUGAUGUGUGCAUUAGGGACAUCGCAAUUAAUCCCCUGGGACUUUAUCGGUUACGACGACUACGGUGACUACGUGUAAUCAAGCGCGGUGGAUCGUUUCGCGCUCUCACAGCGUCACUCAAUCGCGCUAAUAACGCCCGUUAACGAUCUUCCUCCGCAGUAACGAUCUUCCCCGGAGACGGCGCGUGAAUUAUUGCCGGUUAAUUAUCGGGUGUGACAAAAAAGCGCUGUCGGACGGUGGCGAUUGUGCGAUAUGCGCGAUAUCGUCCCGAGGAAUUAAUUGAGAUGACAAAUGCGAGGAAAAACGCGCGCGAGCGUUUGAGCGUCAUUAGUUAGUUUGGGCAGAGGAGGCGAUUGACGCAGGAGAGUUAUCGGAGAAUAUUUUUCAAUAGAAUCUCAAUAGAAUUAAGACGACUGAAUGAGAGUAUAUAAGGCCGUAGAUAAGCUCACGGGUCUCCCGGAUCUACGAUAGCGAUCCGGGGGCGAUUCGUUCUGUGAAAGACCAAAAAGAAAGAAAAAAAAAGAAACACGGAAGUUCGCGCGCAGUAAUUGCGCCACGAUACGCGCAGGAAAUGACGCGGAUCUUCGUUCCACCAACUUGUUCCAUUAUUUUCGCUCACGACCGUCCAUACGAUUGUUGGCUUUCUAGCGAGAUCGCACUGUUUUACCGCAUGUUGUUAAGACGUAAAAAAAAGGGAUAAAAUGAUACGUACGCACACGUUACGAAACACACACACACACACACACAUACA